CUUUUAUCCGGUAUCGUAUUAUCUGACAAUUGUUGUCAGUCGCUUGCUUGGUGUCAUGGCUUCAUAUCAAGAUGAAUCAUAUCGGAUUUACGAAGUUGUCAAAGCCGUAAAAAAAAGCGAAUGGCCGCAAUUUGCAAAAAUGAGACUGGGAUUAACAGAAGUUGAGAUUGAAGAAUGUGAAUACAAUUAUCAUAUGCAAGGAAUGAUUGAACAGAGAUAUCAGAUGGUCCUGACAUGGCAAAGAAAAAAAGGAAGAAUCGCUACAGUCGAACUUCUUGAACAACUUUUAGAAAAUCGAGGUGAAAGACCUCAACUAGGGGCUCCUCGGCCACAGGAAGUCCGACUAGCGCAAAGGCAAGAUUCUUCAUUAACGUCCCCAUCAGGGGAUGCCCCAUUAAUUGCCUCAGGAGAUGCUCCAUCAUUUUCCAAUUCAAGAAGUGAACAAAGUGCGAAUGUGUCAUUCAGGAGUGCCACAGAAUUUCAAAAUUCUGCGUCGAAUGUUACGUCUGGUGACACUAAACAGACGCCACCGAAGGGAAACGUAAAUAAUGGAGAUUAUAAAUAUAAUGAAACUGUGCCAAAGAAAGCAUUUACUGGAGAAAGUGCAGCAGUGCCCUUGCCAAAUAAAAUAUCACUUCAGAUGGAAGACCCAAACGGAGUCCAAGAUUCUGAAAUCAGAAGAAUGUCAUCAGGAUCUAAUGAUUCAAGUCUUCAUGGAAGAGCAAGCCCUGUUGCUAGAGACGGAAAAAAAUCUGGAAGUUUUACAAAAAAAGCGAAAAAGGUAAUUAAAGUUCUUAAAGGGUCGCCAAGCAUGAAAAAGAAAUUGAAUGAAGCACAUCGUGUGGAAGCCCCUUCAUUGGUAGACAUUGAAGACUUGUGUGGACUUGUGAAAAAUAUUGAAGUGAUUCCUUGUGAUAGAAAUGAUUAUGAGAAAAGUCUCACAGAUGAGGGGAUCUACAGCAUCACUAAACCAAAGGGCUUAGCUUUGAUUUUAAACAACACUUUCAAAGGCACCAAAAAUGAGCGAAAAGGGGCUGAAAUAGAUGUGAAAAACAUGACAACACUUUGGAAGAAAUUUGGAUGCGAAUUGUAUGGAAAUAAAACGUUCCCCAAACCCUGGAAAAGUGACAAAACUGGAAAACAAAUGAGGGAUUUGCUUCGUGAAGUGAGUGAAAUCAAGACAAAGUAUAGCUUCAUUGUGAUCGUGAUCAUGACUCACGGGGGAAUAGACAAGGAAAAACCAGUUUUCGAAGGCAGUGAUCAUGAAAUGGUGGAGGUUAAGGAAAUCGAGAAGAUGUUCUUUAACACUAAGAAUGGAAACUUGCAAAACAUUCCAAAGUUUUUUAUUUUUCAAUUUUGCAGGGGAACAAUAAUAGAUAGAGGCACUAUCGCAGCGGAUAAUAAAAUGAAAGAACCUGUUAUGGAAAGCUUAGGAAACGUUUGUGUUCAAACAGAUGGCGCUAGAAGAAUGCCGACUGUCUCUGAUAUUUUUGUUGCAUAUCCUACACAUGAGGAACAUGCUGCCUUCCGAAAUAUCUACGAGGGUUCCUGGUUUAUUAAUGCAAUAACGAAUGUCUUCAUGCGCCAAGCAGCAAAGCACCAUGUCGCUGACAUGCUGACGAUCGUAAAUCGAGCGAUGAAAGAAAAAACUGGAUGGUGCAAUGUAAAAGCUAGCGAUGGCACUAAUGAAGCGAAAGCGAUGAGUGAGCAGAAAACCAGCCUAUCACAAUUUUUCUAUCUUUUCCCAGGAUUUCCGGAGUAACCAGACUCAUACUGUUUAUCCAAGUGUAUGCAAAAUGGCUUCAAUCAUUAUUAUUUGAAUAUUUUCAAUUAUGAAAUGUCUUGUCUUACUUAUUAUCUGCUUCCAUAUAUAUAUAUUCAUAUUCAUAUAGCUUAUUAUUGCAAUACUAAUUAAUUAAUAAUAUACUUUAUACAGGGCUCUUGACACAUAAUAACAGGCUCUAAACCUGGCAUGGGCAAACUAUGGCCCGUUGGGUAAUUCAAUAUGACCCGCCUGAUGCGCCACACUGAAACCAAAUUUUUUUCAACAAGGAAUUUGUUGAGAUUGUGAUUGACUUUGGCACGAUAUUGUAACACUGUAAAUAUUGUUAAUAAAACUUUAACUUUAACUUUACGUCACACUUACAUGGCCCACCAGUCUAGGUGAGCAAAAUUUUUGGCCCUUCAGCCAAAAACCUUGCCCACCUCUGCUCUGAACUCUGAGCGGACUUCAAGUUAAGAAAACUUUUGUCCAAAUGCUGCACUCGUAGAAUUUCCUCAAUUAACUAUUGAGAAUGAUUAUUCAGCUCCAUUCUUCAUGAGUUCCUGUUGAAAAUUUUGACUUUUAACUCUUUCGAUUUUCUGUUAGGGAUAUUGACUCCUAUCACAACCAUGAAGCCUGCAAAUUAAUCACAAUUUUGCCUCUACAGACCUGAUAGUCCAAAUCUAAUUUAUGUUUUCGGUGAUUAUGUUUUUGUCUAAAAUUUCUGCUGUCAUUAACUAUAACUAACUGCUGGAGAAAUUUUGAAAAGUUUGUAAUUUUUAUGUAAAUUAGUAAAAUUAUUCUCUGUUAUAAAGAUUCUGGUUAUUCUGUUAUUUCUGCUUUAUUAACUUCAUAUAUACCUGCUAAAGUAUUUUUAAAAAAUUUAAAAAAGCUUGUAUAUUUGAUUUAUUUUUAUGUAAAUCAUUAAAUGUAUUUUUUUUCACAAUUAUAUAUGACGAAGUUCAAUCUCUUGUCAUUAUGCCAAUAUUAUUUUCAUAAAAUUUUCGUCCUUUUUAAUUUUUUUCCAUUCAUUCUAGCUUCAUAGAUGUGGAGUGUGCAAAUUGUUAGGCUAUGCGAUAAAUACGUUUUAAUCAAACAUAGAAUGGAGUGGAAUUUAAGUUGUGAAUUAGGGUAUUUUGCGCAGAUAAUUGGUAAAAUUGCUGGGACUUUUGCCGUAGGGUGUUGUUACACAUACCAACUGGAUGAUUAUAACUUAUAUCUAGUUAUCUAUUCUCAUACCCUACUUGGGCUGAUAACCGAAAUAAAGGGUAUGAUUCAUCGAAUGAUUACGCUGCCUUAUAGACUUUCCUCUCCCUGGAAUAAAUACCUAAAAUCAGGUGAAAUUUUUUAAGGGUUUGGACUGAAACUGGUGGCUGAUUAUUAUCUCUAUUUAUAGAGAAUUUCAUUGCAAACAAGCAGCCACAAUAUAUUUGGACACCCCUGUUACUUAUGGAAAAGUAAAAAUAAAUUGCGUAGAGCAGGGUUUCCCAAACUGGAUUGUUGCUUAUAACCAAUCAUUGAAGAUUGAUCAGACUCUUUUCAAAUGAUUGUGGACCCCCAGUGAAAUCAUCACGGAUUUCCAGGGUUCCCAGUUUAAAAAACCCUGGCAUAGAAGGUUGGCUAAAUGUCCUAUAAGCAGAAAUUUAAUCCCACAUUAUCCAAAAUCUUCCCCCCUAUUAGGUACCCUUAUUUCUCAAUCAAUGCGUGUGUGAGUUAAUAAUAGAGCAACGGCGUGACCCAAAACGUCUGUUCUAAAUACUCAUAAAUUGUGAGUUCUAAAAUAUAUUCUUUUUCAAUCUAAAAAUGGUUUCUGUUCUUCCAUACUAAAGCUAUUUUUUCCUUCAGUAUAUUUUGAAAUCCAGUGACCAACAAUUGGUUAUUAGGCAUAGAUUUAUUGAUCAACCCAUUAUAAAUACGAUAAUUAAUGUUUUCAAUAUUCACUGAAUUUACAGAGAACUUAAUUUCUAAUGAUAUAAUUGAAGUCUCCUUGUGAACCAUUUUUAAACACACAAAUAGAUUAGGGUGGACACCCCUCUUGAAAAUAACACCAUGUCUUAAUUGGUAUAAGUUUAGUAUAAGUAUAAUAAGUAUACCGGUAAGCUUGAAUCAGGAAAAUGUCUGUAGACUGUUCUAACCAUAAAUUGUAAGUUCUAAAUAUAUUCUUUUUCAAUCUGAAAAUGGUCUCUGUUUUCCCACCAAAAAACUAUUUCUUCCUUAGUAUAUUUUGAAUACAAGUGACCAACAAUUGUUUAUUAGGUAUAGAUUGAGUGAUCAAUCAUUAUAAAUACGAUGAAAAGUAGGGAAAUUGUUUUGACUGCUCACUGAAUUUCCAAGGAAGGACGCAUAAAUUGAUUAUGAUGGACACCUCCCUUGGAAGUAACAUCAUGUCUUAAUUGAUAUAAGUUUAUUUCGAUUCCAUAUUAGACAUAGCAAAUAAACAAAUACGAUUCCAGGCGAAAAAGUUUUUAGACAUUGUAAAUAAAUAGAUGCUUGAAUUAUGGAUAAAUAGGACCUCCAGAAGUAUGUGCAUUAAUAUGUCGCACAACCUGAACAUAGUAUGUGUAACAACAGGUUAGGGCCAGGUUGUGCGUCAUCUUGGUACACAUACUUCAUAAGCGCCGAAAAAUACAAUAAAAAUAACAUGGGAAUAAUCAAAUGUAGAAAGCAGUAAAAAACUAGCAUGUGAUGGUAACCUCCAUUUAUAAACCUGCUGUCAUCUGAUUACCAAGUGCAAACAUCAAAAUUGAAAUAUUUUAUAUUACAUUCAUUAUCAGGAAAGUUAAUCAAAAAAUGAUAUAGCACACAUAUAUAAGGUGUUUGUUCAUAAAGCCUCACAUUUUUUUUUAUUUGCAAAAGGGAAUUUAUAUACAGGGUGUCCAAAAAUUUCGCUUGAUUUUAUAGUAAUAAUAUUUAGAAAUUUCGUGUUUGUUCAAAUUUCAUCUGUUUUAUUCGUGUAACUGCCAAAGGGUUUUUAAAUGGUUUGUAAAUUUGGUUGCUUUUUAUGUGGAAUCUAUGUAAUUUUUAUAAGUUUUUAGCAACUUUUUUAGCAAGUUGAAUCCCACGUCAUUAUGCAAAUAGUCUUUUCCUAAAUUUUACGUUCUGUCGAAUUUGUCUUCUUUCUGCUGUUCCAUUCAGAUGCUCGUCACAAAUUGCUUUGAAAAUCAAAAAAAAUUGUGCACAUUAAUGCCGUUUGUGUUGUAAAUGCAACAUUAUCUGUCCCCGGCCCGAAAAAGUUUGGUAAACCCUGUUCUAGACAACAAAAAGUAAAAGCCUUUUUACAGAGUUUUGCCUUUUUUAGGUUUUAAUGAAUAUUUAUGUUAAAAUAAAUUCACUGUUGUUUUUACCUAAAAUGUAAAUUUCAAGUUUUUCUUCCGGAAACUCUGGACUCCUGGGAGUUAUGAAAUUUUAUUCCACUGUAUUUGUUAUACAUCUCAUUAAUCGUCAACCAAACUUCUCAUUAAUCGUCAAUGCCAUACGUUCUCCACCUAAGGUGUAUUACGAAUUGGGUACUCCUGUAGUAUGUGUAGGUUAGGCGAACAAAAUUAGUUACCUCCACAUUGGUACGCAUACUUCUGUAGCGCCACAAAUUGUUACCAAAGAUCUGUUUGAUUUAUCAGUAAAGCAAAUUCAGUUCAACUUAUCCCGGGUGUAAUUUUUAUUCCGUAUAUCCUCCUCACUUUUCUCGGAGGGAGGCUUUGAAAAAGCAGCAUUAUAGCAAAUAACUUUGGAAUGGAUGAGGUCUCUCAAGUUAUAUAUAUAUAUAUGUAAAUUUCAUUGGUUUUAGUUUUUAGGAGUUGUAUGAAGCAUAUUAUGGUCUGAAUGACAAAUGUGAUUAAUAAAAUGAUUCACCCAACAUAUUGUUUUUACCUAAUUUCAAAUAUCUACAAACACUUGUUCUGGCUGCAAUUACCAAGUAGUUAGCAAAUUGCAAAAUUUCAUUUUCCACCAGAAGAAACUAUGAUAUACUGUAUUUUGUUAGAAUCAUGAACUGUAUUUCACUUUUCAA